CACGGUAUAUACCACUACAAAAACAGGAUACCCUAAUUUCUCUCCCUGACUCUCUUGCCUUGUUUUCAGCUCCGGCAACUUCUCUUCCGACGCCGCCGCUAUCUUCGCUUUUAUCUUUGCCGUGACCUUCCAUUCCUAAGCGCUGCACUAGAUCAUCAAUUUGAUUACUUGGGUCAGAUUUCUGUCAUUCUCAAUCAUGGCAACUAGACUUCAGUUUGAAAAUAAUUGUGAAGUUGGAGUCUUCUCUAAACUUACCAAUGCCUACUGUUUGGUUGCCAUUGGAGGUUCUGAAAGCUUCUACAGUGUAUUUGAAGCUGAGUUAGCUGAUGUUAUCCCUGUGGUCAAGACAUCAAUUGGGGGUACUCGGAUUAUUGGUCGUCUUUGUGCCGGAAACAAGAAUGGGCUUCUCUUGCCCCAUACCACCACAGAUCAAGAACUUCAGCAUUUGAGAAACAGUCUACCUGAUCAAGUUGUUGUUCAACGUAUUGACGAAAGGCUAUCUGCUCUGGGGAAUUGUAUAGCAUGUAAUGACCAUGUGGCCCUCACACACACUGAUCUUGACAGGGAGACUGAAGAGAUGAUUGCAGAUGUUCUUGGAGUAGAAGUUUUUAGGCAGACCAUAGCAGGCAACAUUCUUGUUGGUAGUUACUGUGCCUUCUCCAACAGGGGUGGUUUGGUUCACCCUCAUACUUCCAUAGAAGACCUGGAUGAGCUUUCUACACUUCUUCAGGUUCCUUUGGUGGCUGGGACCGUUAACCGCGGCAGUGAAGUAAUAGCAGCUGGAAUGACAGUUAAUGAUUGGACAGCAUUUUGUGGUUCAGACACCACUGCAACAGAGCUAUCUGUAAUUGAGAGUGUUUUCAAGCUGAGAGAAGCUCAGCCUAGUGCCAUUGUGGACGAGAUGAGGAAAUCCCUCGUUGAUACCUAUGUCUGAACUGUCUUAGUAAUGAUGUUAUGUUUUGUGCAACAAGAUAUUGCACUGCUGAUUGUUAAGAUAUAAGUUUUGGCGAUAGUUUCCUUUUGUAUUGUGGACAUAUAUGUUCCCAUCUGGUUGUACUUUUCAUUAACUCUGAUAUCAUGGAAUAUCUGGUGAUCUUAGUGAUACACGGAUCAAAUGCAUGUAUGGUGUUUGUUAUUGCGUAA